ACUUUCUUGUCCGAAGUCUUAUCAGCAUACAGGGCGGGGCGAAGGGAGGUAUGUAUAUGUGUUCAUCUGUGUGCAUGGUUUGGAUUCAGAGGGUGUCUCCAGGACAGGAGAGCUGCAGAAAGUGACAGAACUGGAGUGAUGAGUGACUGUGAGAAAGAGAAAAGAAACUCUACCAGAGGAAUUUGUGAAAGGUUUUGACCUUCUCUCUCUCUUUAGUGACUGUAAUCAAACAUCUAGGUGAGUGUUACCCAAACUGCUAAAAUGAAUUCACUUCACAGCAUCAUGAUGACAGACUGGAGCCUUAAACGACUGCUACAUCCAUUAAUGCAUGUUCCAUGAUGCUGACUUCUUGUUAUUGUUUGAUUUGUACCUUUUCUUGGAGACUGUUACAGUUUAAAUUCCCACGCAAUCAUUAUUUUUAUUAACAGCUGUGUUGUUGUUGUUGUUGUUACAGACCCACUUCCUUCCAUGCUGCAAUAAUAUUCUCACAGUAGCACUGCUGUCAAACAUGGCUUCCAACUUCAAUGUCUCGGAUGGACAGCUCUACUGUCCACAGCUUGAACUGAUGAGGAACCAUGCACUCAACAACAACACCAAGGUCAACCUGGCAGUGGUUUGCAUCCACGGUCUGGUCUCCUGCCUGGGGAUUCUGGAGAACGCCCUGAUCAUGUGGGUGGUGGGUUUCCGUUUGAGGCGCCGCACCGUGGCCUCCGUCUGGGUGCUGAACCUGGCCAUAUCGGACUUCCUGGCCACCCUGACGCUCCCCCUCUUCACCGCCUAUCUAAACUCUCCCCACAGCUGGGAGCUCGGCAACACCCUUUGCAAAGCACAGGCGUCCAUCUUUUUCUUGAACAUGUUUGUAUCGGCCUUCCUGCUGGCGGCCAUUUCUCUGGACCGCUUGCUCCUGGCGACCAAACCGGUAUGGAGCCAGAAUCACCGGUCCGUGGCGGGAGCGUGGAAGGUGUGUGCGCUGGGCUGGUUGUGGGCAGCGAUCAAUACGUCACCUUACUCCUUGUUCCGCUCGGUGACUGAGAAAAAGGAUGGGAGGAAGUUAUGCUAUCAUAAUUUCGCCUUAUAUUUAUCCUCCGAUGCCACAUUGGAGAGAGAGUGCAACGUGAGGCAAGGAGCCACUGCCAUCUCCAAGCUGGUGCUGGCGUUCCUGCUCCCCCUGGUGGUGAUCGCCGGGAGCUACGUCAAAAUCGGUAUCAGCCUGAGGAACCGAGACAGGAGGAGGAAGCAGAGUUCCUGCAGGCUAAAUGAUACGCUGAUUGUGUCAAACAAAGAUGGAGAGGCGGGAAUCCCAAAAAACUCCAAAAAAUUCUUUCUCAAGCCUCUGAACACUGGCCCACCUUUAGCUUCGGUGGAGUUGACCCCCACCACUCCGAGUCAGAUGAGUCCGAGUCAGCUGUCCCAGAGUUUCACCAAAAUGGUGACAUCUGUGAUUGCUGCAUUUGCACUGUGCUGGGCUCCUUAUCACAUCUUCUGCAUGAUUGAAGUUACAGCCCAGUUCAAGGAGGAGAAUCUCAAACUGGUGGAGGUGGGGCUGCCCUUAGCUACGACCAUCGCAUUCCUAAAUCCGCUGCUCAACCCCAUCCUGUACGCCUUCAGCUGCCCUCACUUCUGCGUGAGGAUACGGCAGAGUUUGGGAGCAGUGUUUGAUGGGCUGGUAGAGGAAGGAGGAGGACUGCUGAUGGCGCCGGGGAGGAGUUUAAAGGCUCACAUGAGGCGGAGGAGCAGUCGAGAUGUGAGCCUCGCAACGCCAGGAUCGCCCAAGUCUUCACCCUCUCCUGCAGGUGACAUCCAGCCUCCCUUCCUGCCACGUUUUCCCACCGAAGGCCAAAAAGACAAUCGCGCGGAGUACACAAGACAAGAAUCGAAAAGUGAGGUGGAGCUAAGCUGAGACACCACUGUGGCUUCAUUUUUAGUAAAAGACUUGAAUUGUAUUUAAACUAGGAGUGGGACUUUAACGCGUUAAUUACGAUAAAUUAAUUAUAACAAAAAUAACACGUUAAAAAUUUUUGUUGCUAUCCAGGACUGCUAGCGCUAACAGCUCCGGCUGUUUCUGUGCUUGCUAUAACAUGCUUUGCAUUCAGGUGGUACCAGAAGCUUAAUGUGCUUCGAUGGGAUGCAAAUUCUUUUUUGCACAAGU